AUGGCCAAUAGAGGACCGAGCUAUGGCCUGAGCAGAGAGGUUGAGCAAAAGAUUGAACAGAAAUAUGAUUCUGAAUUAGAAGAACGGUUAGUAGAUUGGAUCAUUGCACAAUGUGGUGGGAAUGUGAAUCGUCCAGAUGCUGGAAAAGUGCACUUUCAGAAGUGGCUGAUGAAUGGUGCUUUAUUAUGUAAAGUUAUAAAUAGCCUUUAUCCAAAAGAUGAAGAGCCAAUUAAAAAAGUUCAGGAAUCCAAAAUGGCCUUUAAACAGAUGGAACAGAUUUCUCAAUUCCUGAAGGCUGCUGAAGCUUAUGGUGUUGCAACAAUGGAUAUCUUCCAGACUGUAGACUUGUGGGAAGGAAAGGAUUUGGCUGCAGUUCAAAGAACUCUAAUGGCUUUGGGUAGUGUAGCAGUUACUAAAGACGAUGGAUAUUAUCGUGGUGAUCCUAACUGGUUCCACAAGAAAGCUCAGGGUAACAAGCGAGCAUUUUCUGAUGAACAGCUACGAAAGGGGCAAAGUGUUAUAGGUUUGCAGAUGGGAAGCAACAAAGGAGCCUCACAGUCUGGUAUGACUGGUUAUGGCACGCCUCGUCAGAUCAUGUGA